UUUGCUGGCUCAAAAGGAAUACCCCAACACCCCCAACAGAGUCCGUUCCAUUGUAUCCCAACCAUGAUCAAUACCGUGAUUCUCCAAUGAUCCCUAUUGUCGAAGCGCGCAGAUGAACUCGGAAAGCCAACAAAUAAAAAAAAAGGAAAAAAGGAAAAGAGAAAAAAAAAGACAAUAUCUAGAAUGCAAUGCCAUGCUCGAGCCCUUCCUCGCCAGCGCCGCGGCUAGCCGGACAGGAGUUCCUCACCUCCGCCGGAGGAGUAUGCGCCCAUGACGAGAGAAAUGCGCGAAGCCCAUGCCGCUCCAAGAAGGAAAGAAAAAAAGAAAUGAGAACCAACAACAAACGCGAAACGAUGAUCCAGCAGGUGGUGAAGAAGCGCAUAGGACCGCCUGGGCCCACCUGCCCGGGCGGUCUUCUUCUAUACCCUCAAACAUCGCUUGCAAAGACACAAUAGUAAGACAUACCGAAAAUGGUCUGACGUCAAAUCUGCGAGACCAGGCAAAAACAGAAAGGACCAAAUCGGACGAAACGACGACACGCUACCGGCCUGCUCCUCCCAACCUAAUGCACCAGAACUGCAGAAUUCCUUAUACAAAUGCGCAUCAACGGAAUACCAACCGUCACAUAUACCAACAUAUCCAGACCACCAUAUGGACAAAAACCGUGAGGGAGAACCGUCGUAGAAAACAAAUCUCUAAUGUCCCCGGCUGAAACAAAAUGUUGUCAUAACUUUUUACGCGGGGGACUUGUUCGCACUGGCGCCGUUGCGACGAGAGUGGGCAUCUUCACCCACAGUCAAACCUCCCAAGCCCGUCGAGAGGAAGGCAAACGGAUCGCUCGAGCCAUCAUUGCCAUAGAAAGCACCGUUGGACGCACUGGUCGACGAGUUGUGAUCAGCCCCGGUGAAGGCAGCCUGGGC